GCGGCGGGGCUCCAGGCAGUCGGGCCGCGGCUCGCUCGCUUGCGGGGUGAAGCGGAGCCCUUCCAGUUCCAGCGCCGAGGGGAAACCGGGACCCGCCGAGGUUUCAAGGGAAGCUUUCCUGGCUUAAGAAUGGCGAGUAUCAGUGCCACGCCAAAGUCUUCCCUUGCUGAUGAGCCAGUGAAAAUCUGUGUGACCGGCCUGGAGCCCUCCCAGCUAGUGACCAUCCGGGCUUCACUGACCGAUGAAAAGGGGGUGCUCUUCCAAGCCAGGGCUUUCUACUGGUCGGACAAGAAAGGCCAGGUGGAUCUCACGAGAGACGCGGCCAGCGGAGGGGAUUAUUCUGGCGUGCAGCCGAUGGGCCUCUUCUUGUUCAUGAAGCCGGAGAAGCCCUUUUCGAGGCUGAAGAAACGAGAUGUGAUGAACAGCCCCUAUGAGGUCCGCCUGGACGUGUUCGAUUCGUUGCAGCUGGUUUCCCCGUCUCAGGAGCCGCCCGUGGCCAGCCAAAGUGUGGAGAGGUGGUACACAGCCCCGGGGGUGCAAAGGAUCCCGGUCAGGCACGGCAGAGUCCGGGGGGCUCUCUUUCUCCCCGCAGGAAACGGUCCCUUUCCUGGUGUAAUUGACCUUUUUGGCGGCGUCGGUGGGCUGGUUGAAUUUCGGGCCAGUCUUCUUGCCAGCCGGGGGUUUACAACUUUGGCUCUGGCCUAUUUUGCUUACGAAGAUCUGCCCAGUUUUCUGGGCCCAAUGGAUUUGGAAUAUUUUGAGGAGGCUGCUGAGUUUCUCCUGAAGCAUCCCAAGGUUCGUGGGCCAAGCCUCGGUAUAGUGGCAAUAAGCAAAGGGGCAGAGAUUGCAUUGGCCAUGGCGACCUACUUGCCACAGAUUGGCGCGGCGGUUUGCAUCAACGGGACCAACGCCGUCCACGGAAAUCCUCUCUCUUACCGAGACCUCUGCAUCCCGCCGAUCCCAUACAAAAGAGAAUGUAUGCUAAUAACCGAUCAUGGCGUUGUCGAUUUCUCUAACCUUUAUGAAGACCCAGGAGCAAAGCUGCAUCAAGAGAGUGUCUUACCCGUGGAGAAAGCCCAAGGAAAGAUCCUCCUCAUUGCAGGAGAAAGUGACGGGAACUGCAAAAGCAAGGCUUUUGCCACAGCAAUCAUGGAGAGGAUGAAGAAGCUGGGGAAAACCCACUGUGCCCUUCUUUCCUACCCAAAGGCUGGGCAUCUGAUCGAACCCCCAGGCUCGCCAUUCUGUUACGAUUCCUGGUUACCUGCUGUCUCCCGCCCUGUUUUGUGGGGAGGGGAGGCCCAAGCCCACGCUGCAGCACAAGUCCAUUCUUGGAGUGAGAUCCAGAAAUUUCUCCACCUCCACAUUGGUCCAGCCAAAUCCAGUAGCCUUUGAAACCUGCACCUUGUGACCUGAGGCAGACCCUUCAUCAAUGUGACACUAAACCGAUGAUUUACCAAUGUAUACGUUGAGAGCAGACGUCUGAGGUGCAGAGAUGGUUGAGCAUCGCAAAGGAAUGGAAGAUUAGCAGUCAAUGCAAUUUCCAUGCAGACCUCUAAAUAUCAGGUGUGAGGGAGGGGGCUGAGCAACAGGUGCUGGGGGGUCAUCUGCAUGCCCUGCUUCAGGGGGCCAAACUAGACAUUGCAAGCAGGUCGUCACUUUCUAAAAAAAAUCUGAAACCAACUUUGGGGAGGGUGAUCCAGAACGGAAAAUCAUUGAGUGGGGGAAGGAUAAAGCCGUUCCCCGAAUCUUGGUGAGACCGUGAGCACUUUUUGGAUUUCUUAAGGAGGCACGGUGGGCCUGCCACCAAAC